UAGAUCAAAGAUGGCGUACCAAAACAUUCCGGGCCCAGUGUGCAUGGCUAUUUUUAUCGCCGUUUUUGUCUCCUUGGAACUCGCAUUGGUUUCAGCUGUUCAUUUACGGGAGGAUAGGUACACAGCAAGCUGUACACCAAGGAAACUCGACAUCAGCGAGCAUCAUGAGGAUUUUCUUCAUGUCAGAGUGAGGCGCGAUGUCGCGAGCCCAGCACCGUCAAACUACAGCGAUACACACCUCGAUUUCACAGAUACGUACCUAGACGAGACGGAGAAGCACAGAGAGGCAUACAUGCAUUGGUCUGGGAACAAAAGCAACGUGAUAUUCAUUCUCACCCGUCAGAGAAAUUUGUUAGGAGAAGUAAUCAGCAGUAAACUUUGGCAGUCGCAGGACUAUGGCUCCCACUACCAGAAGGUUUCCCUGACACACCAUGGGAAGGAGGCGCUCAUCACCUUCUUCUACGUCUCCCCCGCCAACUCCAGCAGGCUGAUAUUUGCCGACACAGCAAAUAAGACGUUGUAUAUCACACAUGAUGAGCUGAAGAAUGUGAAGACUGUGAAGACUGUGACCAUCCCCUUCAUCCCAGACCGGCUUAAGCCCCAUCCCACGAUGGCUGACUACGUCCUGGGGUACACGCUCCAACAGAGGAAGCUCUACGUGUCAAAGGACUUCGGUGUAACAUGGCAAGAUAUGAACCAAGAUGGCGUCACUCCACGAGUGUUUUGGGCUGAUGCCAAGUAUGACAAGAACGAGACCUCUGUGCAUGUUGAAGUUCAGACCUCCAACGGUCUAGCUCGCUACAAGAUAUGCAGCAUCGUCAGCAAGUGUGAUGCUGCAGAGUUUGAGAGCAGCGUUGGCAGCUUUGACCCCUUCAGUAUGCUGGUCAUCAAAGAGUAUGUCUUUGUGCAGAAAAGCAAAGUGUUUGAGAGCGUCAUGCACGUCUCCUACAAGGGAGGAGACUUCAAGAGAGCCUACUUCCCUCCCCAGACCAGCACUAAGGACUUUCUGAUUGUGAAUGCCGAUGAAGGACAAGUGUUCAUUGCUGUCAAUCACCUGUCAAAUGCAAACCUCUACCUCUCCGAUGCCACUGGACAGUUCUAUGUGUUGACAAUUGCCAACUGUGUUUUCAAACCUCGGAUAAACUGGUUUGAUGUUGACAUAUAUGAGGUUAAAGGCAUCUCCGGGACCUACAUCGUCAACCAGAUAGCUGAUAAUAAUGGCUUCCGUACAAGAAUCUCCUUUGACAAGGGAGGUAACUGGAAUGACAUUCCAACACCCAAAUCAGCAAAGACCAAAUGUAAUACCAGCGACUGCUCCAUCCACCUGAUGGUCCGAGGUGUCUACGUGCUGGGCAUCCUGGCUGAGGCCAAGGCGCCAGGCAUCCUGAUGGCUCACGGCAACAUUGGCACCAAGCUUCAGGAUGGGCCCAUGUCCGUCUUCAUCAGCCGUGAUGGGGGCUGGACCUGGACACAGACUUCGCUGGCUGCAGGUCGGUACAAGUUCAACAUCCUGGACCAGGGCAGUGUCCUGACGGCCAUAGAGGAUGCCUCCAUCAACCUGACUGACUCCGUGCACUACUCUCUUGAUGAAGGCAAGACCUGGCAAACUGAGAAGUUCUUGUCAUCGAAGCAGAUCCGUGUGGACGGGGUCCUCAACGAGCCGGGCAUCACCUCCCUCAUUGCAAGUGUAUACGGCCAUGAGAACAAAGGCAGCAUCUGGACAGUGGUCAAGCUCAACUUCUCUUCUGUGCUGACACAAAAAUGUGUUCAGGAUAACUACACAAGCUGGAGCCCUGCUGACCAGAUGGAAAAACAACAUUGCAUCUUGGGACGGAAAAUUGUCUAUGAGCGAAGGAAGCAAGAUUCACUGUGUUACAAUGGGGAUGAUUACAGAAGACCUACAAGCACUAAAACUUGUCAGUGUGAAAAGGAAGACUUCGAAUGUGACUAUGGGUACAUCGCCAGCAAGGCCAAUUGCACUAAGGCGGGAUGGUUUAACAAGGACAGCAUCAUCAACGAGUGCCAGGAAGGGAAGAAGUUCAACUCCAGUAACGGAUACCGCAAAAUUGCUGCCGAUGCUUGUACAGGUGGCAAAGCUGAUGACGACAAGUACAAGCCAUCGUUAAUGACAUGUCCGACUGUCAAACCAGGGGAUCUGAAGAUUCAGACCGAUCAGCCAAUUGCAGCCACAAAUUCCGAUGUUGUUUUCUCGCUGAUACAAGGGAAGGGUUCUAAAGUGUCAACGAAGUACUUGUGGUCAUUUGGAGAUGGCUCCCCACCUGUCACCAAGACAAGUCUCAAGAACAGCUCUGUGAAACACAGCUUCACUAAACAUGGACUUAAAAAUGUCACUGUCACGGCCACCAAUGCCAAGGGCAGUGUCACCAAGUCACUGGAGUUCAGAGUUGAAGAUAAGAUCACCCGCACAAUUGUCAUUGUCCCAUCAGCAACAAAGGUCAAUCACUUGACUAACUUUGACAUCGAUGUUUUUGGACCACUGGUGAGCAACAACCAGGCACACAUCCACUUCCUGUGGACUUUUGGGGAUGAGGUCGGAAAUGUGAGGCCGCUGUUGUCAUGGGAACGACGUGUCCAGCAUUCGUACAGCAAACCGGGCAAUUACACCGUCACCGCGGAAGCCAUCAACUCUGUGAGCACUGUGUACAAGCGCUACAAUGUCCAGGUGUUUGAAAAGGGUAUCAUCAUCCGUCUUAAUUUCUCACCAAAUGCAGAAAGUUAUCAUUUUGACAAGAAUAUCUUCCACAAGCUGAUGUUCCUGCAGUUGCUGAAGGUAGCCCUGUCUCUGACGUACGGUGAAGGUGCGAACCGACUGGUGGUCCAGAUCCACAAGACCAACCCCGUGCUUGCCAACGUCCUGCUGGUCCCUUCCCAGGAUCCCCAGGAUAUGUCCACAGCUGAUUUUGUGUCAAGGAUCCAGACAGCUGCUAAGAGCAGGACGCUCCUCAUCCCCAUGGACGGCAAGGAAAAGAGUAAGAUCAUCUAUGUGGUGGGAGCCCAGCUUGUCAAUGAUAGCGGCCCAUCAGCACCAGACAUCAAGGGCCCCAACAUGCGGGCCGUCUACAUUGCCGUGCCAGUGUUGCUGGGAGCAGCCUUUGUCACCAUCCUCGUCAUCGUGUAUUACAAAAGGAAGUUCCGUGAAGUACGUCGAUACUCCAUCCUGAGACAGAGGUCGGACUCCGAUGCCCUGUUGGGAGCUGAUGAAGAUGAUGACCCGCCACUGGAUUUGAACCCAGACUUUGGCAGCAAUGAUCGUGCAGAUGAUGACCAAUUGGACCUGGGAACAGGCAGUCACCUGGUGAUGGUCACUGGACGUGGAGAUGGGGGAGACAACUCUAUCAACUGCUGAAGAAGAUAUUAAUGAGUGAUGAAGAAGGACAUUCCAAAAUGAUCUGUGAUGAAGUAGUUGCAUAGAUGAAGAACGAGAGGAGAGUGGGAGGGAGAGUGUGUUGUGUGUGACUGAUAGUAAGUAUAGCUUGAUAAGCAAACAUAGUCUGAAUUGUUACAAUUGUUUGUUAUUUUGUGUUUUGGAAGAAUGACAUCUGAUAGUUGCCAUGGUCACUUGAAAAUACGUUUAGAAAAGUUAUGUUUUCUGGUAAUGUCGCACCAUUGUCAUGUUACUGGAGAAAGGUACUUAAGAUUGUUCCCAUGGUUACGGCAAAAAUUAUAUCUGAUUGUUGUCAUGGUAUUAAAAAUUAUAUUUGAUGCUUGUCAUUGUUACUUGGGGAAAAUGUAACAGUUGUAUCACUUUUUGAAUUGAAACAUGCUUAAAUAUAUUUUGAUCCUGAUAUUUUAUGAUUGGUUUGUUCUCCUACUGUCAUUGUCUCAGAUGAAGGAGAUACUGAUGUUUCGUGAUGCAAUGCUUGAAAGACCUCAAGGACAAAUACUUAUCAGAUUUGGAAUGUUCAGCUUUGUUGAAGAGGAAAUUACCUCCCUUAGUUGGAGCAUUAACAUUAAUUGUUUACAGUCGGAUUGUGCAAAUGAAUAUUUUCUUGUGCAUUUACAUUUUCUGAAAACAAUUUGACCUGCAUGGCCACAGUACAGAAAUAUCAUUAUAGUUUCAGUGUAAAAUUAUUUCAGCUUCAUUCACUUCAAAAUGAGUCAUUGUAAUAAUUAAAGCCUACAUUGAGGCGUAUCCAGGGUUUUGGAAAAGAGGGGGUGCACACUACCAGUGGGCAGAAACACAUAAUUACUGGACACCUGAGGUGUCGGAGACGGUGGAGGGGUGCAGACCCUGAACUCUCCUCUGUAGAUCCACCAGAAGUCAGCAGCCUUAGAGACUAUUCUGAGACCUGGGAUUUGUAAUUGGUUUAGUAAGCCUUGUUAAGAAAAGUGGAAAUUGUUAACACCAAGAUCUACUGGAAAUGGUGUCAAGUGACAAGUUUGGACUCAAAAGUGUUUGGCACAGACCUCUAUACGUUGUCAGGUAGUUGUGGCAGACAUUCUCAGUUGUACCUGUAAUAGCAUCAAUUUGAGUUUUAAAUCCUCCCAACCAGAAGUACAUUACUCAAACACUUUAUAUUUCGUUCCAGGUGUUGCUAGCUCUUUAAGCAUGAUAUGUAAGAUAAACAUCUGAAAGGUAUUGAACGGUUUUUUGAUAAAUGUUGAUUUAUGGAUGAAGAAGAUAUUUGACAUGUUUGAUUU